ACCCUCGAGUUGCUGCAGCCUUACAAUAUGCGGGGUUAUGCUAUCAAGUUCAAGCUUACUUUAGCAAUCACUACUAUAGCAAAGCUACAGAUCCAACGGUCUUCUGCAAUUUGUCCAUGCAAGAGGUCAUGAAGGUUGCCAUGGAGAGUCAGCUGAGACAGAAUCUAGUAGCGAAUACGUUGUUACAAGCUUUUGGACUUUCUAAACGUCAGCGCUAAACAUCGCUUGCUGCAGUUGAUUUACAAGAUGAUGCUUGAUACCGAAGCUGGUCCUCGUUAUCAGGCUGCUUCGUCAAGUAAUAUAACGUGCGUCUCUCCUCAUGUGUUGGAUGUGGUAUACAAGCUCUUAUAUAGCGCACCAUGCUCAGCCGAGCUUAUGAUCAAAGAGAUUUUCGACAAAUUACGUCGCUGCGACAAGCUCAUCAAAACGCGUUACGAGUCGAAACCAGAAGCAGAGUCACUGCUACCUGAUCACACUGUGCGAUGGCUACACACCAUCCUACAACUUCUUAACCACAGGUUUUUGCGGUUUUUGAAACACUCCUCAUUGUCAUCUGGACUAUUACACUAUAUCCGCUACUCACUAUCAUAUCUGGACCAUCGCCAAGUCUAUCAAGUUUUGGAGUCAUUUGCGAUCAAUAUUAUGCGAAUGCAGAGUGAUGCAAAGGUGUUGAGAUCACUGGACGACCCUAAUCGAGAAAAACCAAUUUGGUUUGCAGAAUCUGAAAUGCUUGCUCGUAGCAUGGUUUCUAGCAUUGUUCGAUUGAUCAAAACAAGAGGUCAAGCUGAUAUUAGAACGGAGCAGAUUCAUAGAGUGCUUUCCAACUUGUACGAAUAUCGCAUAGAGUGGUCUGAAGAAGCACUCAAAUUCUUUCCACCAGCGGUUCGAUCAUUUUAUACAGAUCCUAAUUCCAACAAUCAUAAUAUACCAUUACGACCUCAAGUGACUUAUGCCAAGAUUCAGCAAAUGAUUCAGACCAACAAGGCAUACAUGGCGUUUUUACUUCAGGGUUCAAAUGAGAAAGAGCGAGCAAUCAAGCAUUUCUUUUCUGUAUUGGAGAAUCAAUCUAGUUUACUUCCAAUGAUCUGGACAUUGGCCCUCAUGAGAAUGUCUACUGAUGCUUUUCAUAUGCCAUCGGUUCGAAAAGCGAUGUUAUGUAUACCGGCAUCACGUAUCGCAACUCAUACCAUUGACCUUGUCGAUUUUAUACUAUCAAAGGAAGCUCCACAAGGUGACAUACAAGUUAACUACAAGUGCCUCGAUGCAAUGAUUUGGAAGCACCAAUGGAUCAGCUUUACGCAUGUGGUGUUUGCGCUUGUCAAGGGAAGUGGAAACGCAGAAAGAUCGGAAAAGGCUUUCCAGUACUUGGAAUAUCUCUUAUUAGAAUCGCCUGAAUUCUCACGACGAGUCGAGAAAUUUACCUCCCUACAGUUCAGCUCUAAAUACUGGGCGGAAGAUAACUAUCAUGAGAAGCUGAUGACAUAUUUGGCGCAAUUUCCUGAGUAUUCUGAAUUUGAAGCAUAUGGAAUGAAGGAUUUCGAGCAAACUCAGCAUAUGGAUCCACCAACCUCACCGCCUAUGCCAAUAUACUUUACAAACGUGGUCCUGCGCUUUAUACCCUUCUUCGAUGUGAUAGUUAGUCGUCUUAUAGAGUAUGAGCAGCCUGAUUUACUUGCACGCAUACUUGACAAACACGGCCAUCUCUUCCAAUAUCACCAUUACCCGCUAUCCUUCAUCUGCAAUUUGUUCCUAGACCAUUAUUCAUCACCCACACUGCACCAGCCAUACAUCAAAAAGAGAUUAUUACGCCUUCUUGACUUUACUCAGUACGAGUUCUUGCCUGAAGCUAUUACCUACGCGACAGACGAGAUGGUAGGCACAGAAGUUUUCGGAGCAAGAUAUUUUGAAUCGGUGUUUCACAAGCUUGCCGAUAGUAAGUACAUGUUGAGGAAUUGGACUAAGAUGAAUUCAGUGAUCUAAAGAUACAUUUUCCGUCUUCACUUUUUGUUAGAUCUUUCACCUCAAAAAUGCGCACCAAAGGCGACACCAAAUUUACCAGAAAGGCACUUUAGAGAAAUUGGGAGUCCCGCUGUGCAAGGUAUCCACGUGGCACUGUUAGAGGUUCUUCUCACGCCA